AUGGCCACCAACAUCACCUUCCACGCCUCGGGCGUCACCCGCACCGAGCGCAGCACCCUCCGCAACCAACAGGGUCUCACAAUCUGGCUCACCGGCCUCAGCGCCUCCGGAAAGUCCACUCUCGCCGUCGAGCUCGAGAAGCAGCUCAUCCGCGACCGCGGCGUCCACGCCUACCGCCUUGAUGGCGACAACAUCCGUUUCGGACUGAACAAGGACCUCGGAUUCAGCGAGACUGACCGUAACGAGAACAUCCGCCGUAUCGCCGAGGUUGCUAAGCUCUUCGCUGAUUCCUCCUCUGUCGCCAUUACCUCUUUCAUCUCCCCCUACAAGAAGGACCGUGACACCGCCCGCGCUCUGCACGAGGUCCCCACCCCUGGUGAGGAGACUGGUCUGCCUUUCGUCGAGGUGUACGUUGAUGUUCCCGUUGAGGUUGCUGAGAAGCGUGAUCCCAAGGGAUUGUACCAGAAGGCUCGUGCUGGAAUUAUUAAGGAUUUCACUGGUAUCUCUGCUCCUUACGAGGCUCCUGAGAAGCCCGAGGUUCACAUUAAGAAUGUCGAUUUGCCUAUUGUCGAUGCUGUUAAGCAGAUCAUUGAGUACCUUGACUCUAAGGGUUACUUGCCUGCUGCUCAGAACUAG